AUGUUGCGAUGUCUUCGGUUCGCAGAGGAGCACUCUGGAGAAGGCAGCACACUGCACUCUCGGUUCGCACCAGGGUAUGCGCAAGUUGAUUCGCGUCUCGGGCGAGUUGCCCCGAAGCGAGGGCGCCACCGCGUCCCGCUCUGGUUGAGCGGGCUCCUCAAAGGGAAGGUCGCUCGAAGUCCACCACCAGCUGCAGACGAGACGCGUUUGCAAGCGUCGGCUGUGAACAAUCGAAAACGUCCUCAAGACAACUACGGAAGUGCAACCUCGAAUUCUGUCGUGGCAGUAUCGAAUCUAUUAGAAACACGUAGCAAGAGCCUGAGCGUUCGCCGCGGGCUCGGCAAGCUCACCCUGAAUGAAACGGAUCUCAACUUUGGAGACCCACUCCAACCAAACGAUGAGUACGGUGCGAGUUUUGAGUGCUGUGCAGAGGCAGAUGAAGCUCCUACCGCGUACUCGACUGCAGAACGACAAGUGAUGGCUUGUAGUAUAUCUGCCGGAGAGGCAGGCGAAACCAGCUAUGAAACUCGACAGGCCGCGGCCGAUUGGAAAUCUCUCAAACAGGAAGACGUUUCCAUGAAAUCCUCUCGUAUGGAAUCGGGUGUCUCGCGUGUUAUGCAAGUAUCUGAUUGUCCGACAUCUAAUAGCUUUGGAACUGGCUCUGGCCUGAAAGCGAACCAUCUACAAUUUCUCCGUACAAUCGGAAGCGGUUCCUUCGCAUCUGUUCAGCUUGCCAUGUACAAGGACAAAUCGGAGCCGAUAGCGAUAAAGAUCAUUGAUUCAAGCUCGCAUCGUGCUCAGAUACGAAGCGAAGUAUCCGUCUUGAGAAUGGCCCGAGCGCACGACUGCGAAAACAUCGUUCAUUACCAUGAAAUCGUCGAGGACGGAAACAGGGUCAUGAUUCUUAUGGAGCUUAUGGACGUCGGAAGCAUCGACGGCUUAUACCGCCGAUCGUCCGUGAAGCGGCUGUCUGAAUCAGUUGUACGAGCGAUUGCGUGGCAGACGCUCCGAGCACUCCAGUUCGUCCACAACGUCUGCCAUCGCGUGCAUCGGGAUGUGAAGCCGUCCAACCUUCUGUUGAAUCGUCUUGGGCAAGUGAAACUCGCAGAUUUUGGUCUAUCUUCAUCAAUAUCUGUGCAGAAGAAUCCUCAGAAAGAUAAUUCCGAUCUCGGAGUGCACGGACCAGUUCGGGAAGGGAAAUUCGUCGGGACUUGCCUUUAUAUGGCACCCGAGAUGCUUCGCGCGAGUCCUUACGAUUACCGAGCGGAUAUUUAUAGUCUUGGAAUCAGCCUCCUUGAGUGCCUGCAAGGGAAGCAUCCAAACUAUGAUGACUAUUUGGGCUGCAGAGGACACCUUGACUUGAUCGUAACGCUGCUUGAAAAAGGAUCGCCUGAAAUUCCGCAGGAAAUUCGCCUCAGUAGUAACGCUCGUAACUUUCUUGCCUUAUGCUUAGCCCAAGAUUACAGGCAACGUCCGUCUUGUCAAGAGUUGCUCAAGCAUCGGUGGUUUGAUCGUCUGAAAAUCCCAAAGGCUCCGAUCAAAAACGCGCACCUCCCAGCUCCGAGUCGGUCCGCGAGAUUCACAGAUUCAAUGCAUCAUUGCACGAACACAGUCAAACGGAGCAAUUCACCCUUUCCGGGACGUCCAACGGCGACCAGAGAGGAUAAGCAGGUCCUUUCGAGACCGAGCCUCGAUUUGAAUAGCAUGCACGGAUCGCUACAUCCUGAAGGGAUUGAUGCGGUUCAAGGGCGACGGACCGCUUCCUGUUUCUCAGACUUGGAGCAACGUAUUGCGGAUGAAAACUCGAGGGAAGAAAUCGCCGUAUUUUUGCGUUUACUGGGCAUCACGUUGGAUGGAUCUAUCCUACAGGCACCGCAAAUGCGUUAG